CCCGUUCUUGUCCACGAAGCGCUGCCGCUCCCUGCGGGCGCUGCUGCGAGCGGGGCCCACGGCCUGGUACUCGUCCCCGAACUUCCUGCGCACGGCCGACAUGCUGCGGGAUGCCGAGGACUGCCUCUGACUCGCAGUCCAGAAAGAAGAAACAAUCCUGUGGAUUUAAAUUGAACAUUUGAGAUUAAGAACAAAGCCAUGCCCAUGCUUUCGGAAGACUCAGGGUUACAUGAAACUCUGGCCCUUUUGACGUCUCAGCUAAGACCUGAUUCGAAUCACAAGGAGGAAAUGGGAUUCCUUAGGGAUGUCUUCAGUGAAAGGAGUCUCAGCUACUUAAUGAAGAUCCAUGAAAAACUCCGUCAUUACGAAAGGCAGAGUCCAACUCCUGUUUUACACAGUGCAGCAGGACUAGUUGAAGAUGUAAUAGAAGAGUUGCAGACUGCACCAGUGAAUAAUGAAGAAAAAGAGCUACUUCAGCUGUUGUCAACACCACAUCUCAGGGCAAUGCUUGUAGUACACGACACUGUAGCACAGAAGAACUUUGAUCCAGUCCUUCCACCUCUACCUGACAACUUUGAUGAUGAUUUUGAUGAGGAAUCAGUGAAAAUUGUUCGGCUAGUGAAAAAUAAAGAACCCUUGGGAGCCACCAUCAGGAGAGACGAGCACACAGGAGCUGUGGUCGUAGCAAGGAUCAUGAGAGGUGGUGCAGCUGAUCGCAGUGGUAUGAGCAGUGGUCUUGUCCACGUUGGAGAUGAGCUAAGAGAAGUCAAUGGUAUUACUGUGCUUCACAAACGACCGGAAGAAAUAAGUCAGAUUUUGGCUCAGUCUCAGGGGUCAAUAACGUUAAAAAUAAUUCCAGCCAUCAAAGAAGAGGAUCGUCUGAAAGACAGCAAGGUGUUUAUGAGGGCUCUUUUCUGCUACAAUCCCAAAGAAGACAGAGCCAUUCCCUGCCAGGAGGCUGGGCUGCCAUUUAAGAGGCGACACGUCCUGGAGGUUGUGAGCCAGGAUGACCCCACGUGGUGGCAAGCCAAGCGUGUUGGGGACACCAACCUCAGAGCGGGCCUGAUCCCUUCAAAGCAGUUCCAAGAAAGACGACUGACCUACAGAAGAACAAUAGGCACUCUGCAGAAUGCCAGAACUCUGAAGAAACCACUGUAUGAUCAGUCCUCUGACAAAGAAGACUGUGACUGUGAAGGGUAUUUCAAUGGACACUACAUAGCUGGUUUACGCAGGAGCUUCAGAUUGAGUCGUAAAGAGAAGGAGAACAACCUGAAUGAAGGAAAGCAAGCAGAGCAGGCAGAUGGAGCUGAGUUCCUGACCUAUGAAGAAGUCACAAAGUAUCAGCAGCAGCCUGGUGAACAGCAGAGGCUGGUGGUCUUGAUUGGUUGCCUGGGGGCCAAAUUAAGUGAGCUCAAGCAGAAGGUUGUGUCAGAGAACCCACAGGAGUACGGUGUUGCAGUUCCACAUACAACCAGGUCAAAGAAAAGUCAUGAGAAAGAGGGAGUGGAAUACAAUUUUGUCUCUAAGCAAUCAUUUGAGACAGAUGUGCAGCAAAACAAAUUUGUGGAACAUGGAGAAUACAAAGAAAACUUAUAUGGUACAAGUCUGGAGGCAAUCCGGUCUGUGAUGGCCAAAAAGAAGGUUUGUCUGGUGGAUGUGGUACCUGAAGCAGUAAAGCACUUGAGGACUCCUGAGUUUAAGCCUUACGUUAUCUUUGUGAAGCCUCUCAUUACAGAAAAGAAAAAACAUGCCCUAAAAUCUCCCAUGUCAGAAGAAAUCUCAUCCCCCCUGCAGGAUGAAGAACAGCAGGAAAUUAUUAACUCAGCAGCGUUCAUUGAAGAGCAGUAUGGCCAUUUAAUUGACACUGUCCUGGUGAAGGAAGAUCUCCAGAGUGCAUGUAAUCAGCUGAAAACUGUGUUAGAGAAACUAAACAAGGAUUCAUUUUGGGUGCCAGUCAGCUGGGUCAGGUCAUAGCUUGUUAUCUUGUUUAAGGGAAAGAUUGUAUAAAAAUGUCUUGUAAAUGCGUGAAUUAGAAAAGGGAAAUGUGUCAAAUUCACUUCAGAACUGCGGGUCUAUCUAGAAGGCAAUACAUGAGGAAAAAUUAACAAAGUUAAAAGCUGACACUGCCUUCCUGAAUCAAAAUUUUGAAUAGCAGCUGUCAUUUAAAAGUGAAUACUCAGACUGAAUAGGUCAGUCCAAUCUUUUGCUGAUCUUUAGACUGUAAAUAGUGUAUUUUGUACAGUGAAGUUUCAUUCACAGAGGGUUCCACACUUCCAAAGCAUUUUAGUGCUGAGACACGGACCAGGUGGAGUUUUUGACCUUCGGCCACAACUCUAGGCACAAAUUUUGUGGCUGGAGUUAAAACAUCAGAAUGAGGUGGUUUUUGGGAACAAGGUACUUCAGCUACAUGGGAGGGGUGUCCUUUGGAGAGGGGUUUCACCAUGUCAAUCACUCAAAAAUUCAACUGGCUGUCAGGCCAGCAAAAUGCAUUUCCCUUCCCUCACAAUCAUUAGUUCUAAAUGCUUUCCAACUGGGCACUAAAACUAGGCCAGUUAUAGAAGGUUUUUUUAUGUCCAUCCCACAUUUCCCACUACUCCAGGUUGUCUUGCACAGGUGAGGAGUCUGCUCAUCCACAGCUUCUGCCCUCUUUCCCAGUCUCUUCUACUGACACAGGACAAAUGUUAAACAACCCAUGACUACACCUGUAUGAUGAACCAGCUGAUAAAACAGACACUUUUUUUUAGUCUAUGUGAAAGUAACUGCACAUGGUUCUAAAAUAGAACAUUUAAGCAGCCUGUUUUCUACAAGACAUCUUUGGAAGUGGGAUACGGUCUCGACACCAAUGUAGCAAUUCCUAAAAGGAAGAGGCUGAAGUACAAAGUAGCUGAGCUACAGGUGGAAAUCAUCAUCCUUGCAGCAUUUAUGACUGCCUUUGCUCCAAAUCUGGUAAAGGCCUCCAGAGCAUGUAAUUGGCCUCAAGAAAUCUUUACUGUUAGAGGACCUUGUAUAUAUUUCAGGAGACUUGAAUAUACAGUAUUGUUAGAUAGGUCUUAAUAAGAACAUGCAGAGAUGAUUCUGGAUACCUGUGCUCUAUAAUUAUUUGGGGGGGUGGAGGGAGAGUACUGUACAGGUGCAUGUUAGCUGUAAUUAGUUCCUGUUUUUGCUUGCCUGCUGUGCUCUAAUAUUUCCUGUGUACUGUGCUCUUUAAGCAAGACCUUUUGGUGCACCAGUCUUGUUCCUUGCAUCUUGACAGCGUGAUGUUAUUCUUGUUCCACGACGUUUAGCAGAACUAAACAAUGCAUAUUAAAAGCACCUUUCUUACA